AUGGCAGGAGGCUUCAACUUGGUCAAUACGCUGCUUUUCCCAGCGCCAGAAGCCAGCUACGAUCUGCAUACGUUUCCGGAAGAGGAGCUCAUAUGGUUGCCGCGCAGUCUCGAUCCAGAAGAUCCAAAUGUUGAGGCCAACGUUCCUUGCUUAUUCUUGACAUCCAACUCUGCGCGCUUCGUUAUGCUUUACAUGCACAGCAACGCGGAGGACCUGGGACGCUGUUACAACUUCUGCAAUAUGUUGCGUAUGCAGUUCCAGGUGAAUGUUCUGGCUGUCGAGUACCCAGGCUAUGGGAUUUGUCCUGGUGGACAGGCAGAUGAGAUGUCAGUGAUUGAGAAUGCCAAGUUGGCGUUUCGCUUCAUCACUGAGGUUCUGCGAUUUUCGUCCGAGGACAUCAUCGUACUCGGCCGAUCUGUGGGCAGUGGGCCAGCACUCCACAUUGCUGCAGAGGCCAAGACGUACGGCGUCAUUCUGAUCUGUCCCUUUCUUUCCGUCAGAGAAGUGGUCCGCUGCCACUUGGGACGAGUGGCGGAUUUGAUCGAAGAGCGCUUUCCAAACAAGGAGAAAGUCAAGGACAUUUCUGGAUUUCUUCUCAUCGUGCAUGGGAAGAAGGAUACGGUUGUGCCGUGGACCCACGGCCAAGAGUUGUUCGAGACAUGUACGCGGAGAAAGCGCUUGGUCACGCCCGAAGACAUGACGCACAAUGCAAGCCUGUUGACGGAUCCUGGUGUGUUCAUCAUGCCGGUUCUCCAGUUCUUCGGGCUGCCUGAUUACAGCUUUGAACCUCUCAGGAUUCCAAGUUGGGUCUUUGACGCAACGCUCACUCCGACAGCCCUGAGAACGGAACGCAAGGCUGUGGCGCCAAAGAGACAAGGUGCCGCUUGCAAUGGUCACCGGCCUGCUCCAAUGGCACCCUCACGUGUCAUUGCAGGUGAAUCUGCUUGGAGCUGCUCUAUUUCACCUGCCGUAACAGCAUGUACUAGCCGCAUCAAGGCAUGUCUGUUGAGAGGCUCUCCACUGAAGGAUCUUUUGGGAAACUCGCGCCUGCCUUAUAAUGUUGACUGUCACUUUGACUGCUUGUACAUUCUUGGCGGCCCAGGGAAGCUUCCGGAAGACCAGAGCACAACGGGAACUCGGCUGCUGAUGCUGCAGUCCAGAUGUCAGCACCUCGGAGAUUUCGUGCAUCCGCUUCGUGCUUUGGGCAAGCGCGGUGAAGCACAGUGA